UUCUUCGUUUCCAGCUAUGCUUCUGAGAUGGGCCUCUUUUCAGCUGACGGGUGCAACCCAGCCUGUUACGCUGGCUCUGAGGAGCUCCUGGGAGGCCUUGGUGGCCUGGGCGAUGUCGUCUGUUGGAGUGACAAUGUCGAUCAUUGUAUCGCCUACCUUAACAAGGAACUGGUGAUGCUGGGGCUCCCUGCGCUGUAUAAGGAUGAUGGUUCUGGAGAUGGUGCUGAGCACGGCUUUGACCUCCUGGCAUUAGUUAACAGUACUUGCAGACUGCUGAAUCUCUACCAAGGUGUCUCUGCCAAGCUGGGUGACUUGGAGGCAGAGGAAAGGCGACGGGCUGGAGAACUGGACUAUCUGAGGUCGCGACAUGGUAAACUCAAGGACCAGGUGGAAGCUUGUGAACAGGAAAUUGCAGCUGUGCAGAGCAAGGAGCAGCAACUUCAAAGCAAGAACAAGCAACUGAAUAGUAUGCUGAAAGGAGAAAAGGACGAAAUCUCCAAGCUCCUGAAUGCGCUGGCCAACCAGAAGAGCCAGCACAGCCACGAAAUGAAAAGGAAGGAGCAAGAGCUACUCCGACUCAGGGAGAAGAUGAGCCAGCUGGUGACCGACAAGAAAGACAAGAGAGGAACAAUUGAAGUCCUCAACACCCUGCCCCGGGCUGAUGGUAAGAGAGCAACGUGGAAAACCGGGAAAACUCUUGGCAGGAAGGAGGAAGAGCUCUACCGCACCCAGCUAGCCAAGCAGGAGCGGCGGGAGCAGGGCCUGGCUUUGGAGAAUGCCCAGAUGAAGCAGCUGCUGACCCAAGUGGGCCAAGAUGUGGAGCAGCUGUUGGGGACUGACACCGUCCAGGGUGCAGAGCUAAGCUGCCCAUACAAGGCCUUCCAGGAGCAGUGGAGCCGGCUGAAGAGCAGCCUCAAGACCCUUGGGGGUCAAGCUGUCUAUGCUGCUGAUUCCUGUGUGUCUGAGGGAGGUGGGCAAGACCCUGUAAUCAGCGUGACGGAUCAUGAGAAGGAAAUCAUGAAGCUAAAGGGAGAAAUUGAGGAGAGCAGAGUGCUGAUUGCAUUGCAGCAACAAUGUUUCCAGGAGCAAUUGACUGCUGUCUCCAGUUCAGAGCUCCCAGCUCACCUGAAGGGAUCCUAUUUUCUGGAGGAACAGCAGUUGCUGCAAGAAGAACAGGAUAGGUUUGAGGAGCAGAAACAAGCAUUUGAAGUAGAGCGGAAAAACUUCACGGAAGCGGCCAUUCGGCUAGGGUGGGAGAGGAAGCAGUUUGAGCAACGCAAGGCCCUAUUCCUGCAGCAAGGAUUCUUGUGUUCGUGGCCAGGGUUCAAUGGGAGAGAUCCUUCCCGAAGGCUUUCUGCCCCAGUGGCUGCCAGAGCGGUGCAAGAUGAGCAUUUGUUCAAACAAAGGACCUGGAACAAACCCACCUGUACCCCUUAUCCAAAGGUCAUGAUCACUCCUUGCUGCACCCCAGCGCAGGUCUUAAGAAGAAAACACCUUGCUCCAAACCCAACCAGUCCCACCAUGUGCAGGCAAAAGCUGCUGCUCCCAGAUGACUGGCCGGCUUCUCCUCCACAGCUCUGGCAAAGUAAGGGGAGCUGCCAAGACACAGCUUGCCAAACUGAGAUGUCUGUGAAAGAUGAGCUUCAGGGCGACCUUUUAGAACGCUUCCUGGACAGCUUCCUCUAGGGAUGCUCUUAACCUUGCUAUCUGAGCGGCGUUUUU